AUGGAACCUCAGCAAGAGUCGACCGCCGGCGGCCGCAAGAGGCGGCGUAGAGGAGGAGUCGGGAAACGCCAGAAGGAUUAUUCUUCCUCACAACAGGCACCUCCGCCUGCCCCUCCAGCGGAUGCGGCCUCCCCCCUGGAGAAGCGGCGACGCAAGGCCGGCGAGGCCGCCGCAAUACCCAAGGGGCGCAAGCCUACGAGCCUACUCGAAAAGAUGCGUGCAAGGUUAUCUGGAGGUCAUUUCAGAAUGUUAAAUGAGAAACUGUACACUUGCAGUGGCCAGGAUGCAUUUGACUACUUUAAAAACGAGCCUGAGCUUUUUGACGUGUAUCAUGCAGGAUAUCAAGAGCAGAUGUCACAUUGGCCGGAGCAGCCAGUUAAUGUGAUAAUCAAGUGGUUGAAGAGUCAUAACAAAUCAUGGACCGUUGCUGAUUUUGGAUGUGGCAAUGCAGCAGUUGCUAAAAACGUGAAGAACAAGGUCUUCUCCAUCGAUCUUGUUUCAGAUGACCCUUCAGUGAUUGCUUGUGAUAUGGCUCAUACCCCAUUGGAGCCAUCCUCUGUAGAUGUGGCGAUAUUUUGUCUUUCUUUGAUGGGAACCAACUUUCCGAGUUAUCUACAGGAAGCUAACAGAGUCCUCAAGCCAAGUGGUUGGCUUCUUAUUGCGGAAGUGAGGAGUAGGCUAGACCCAAAUACCGGAGGUGCUGAUCCUGAUAAGUUCUCCGAAGCCAUCAGCCAGCUUGGCUUUAACCUUAUUUCGAAGGAUGAGAAGAACAAAAUGUUUGUCCUGUUUUAUUUCAGGAAAAAGGAAAAGAGCAAGGUGGCGAAAAACAUUGAAUGGCCCCAGUUGAAACCUUGCUUGUACAAGCGGCGAUGA